GUUUUCAUUUUGCUUAAUUAAUUUACCGUGACAGUCCAGCAAAAACUGUGGGACUAUGACAGAGGAGCUGACAAUCAUAGACACUGCCAACCUGACCCAGUCUGUCAAUGUGCUUCAUGAGCCCCUCAAUGACAGUGAUGAAGGGGAGUCUUGCCUCUACACCAGUACUGGCAGCUUGCAUGCAGAUAAGUACCCCACCUCAAGACGCAGGGCUAAAAGGAAGACGCGAAAGAAAAACAACAAAGUCUCCAACACCUCUUCCUCUGCUGUUGAACAUGAACUGACCAAUGCUGUAAUCUCCAUCCCAGAUUUGGCAGCGGGACUGCCUGGAGGUCACCAGGAUGUGGUACCGAAUCAAGGAAUGGAUCAUGCAGAGACAGGCUGUACUGUCAUACAGGACAGUCAGGCAACCAGUGGGUGUGAAUCUCAACCAAUGAACAUCGAGCGACAGCUCUCUGAAUUCCUGUCUCAAGUGACUCCUUUAAGUCUCAGGCAGAUAUUAUCUGGCACUAACUUAGCUGCAGUUUCUAAUGAUCUUCUUCAGAAUGCUGACAACCACGGAACUGGGUUGAAAUUUUCUAUGGAGAAUCGUGGCCCCAUGUCUCAGAACGAGCCUUCCUUGUCUGGCUGCCGAACUGUCAUGAUUUCCCCCAGCCCCAUUACACAGCUGCAGGAGCAUCUGGAGGCCACAGACACGCCUGGUCAGUUCCAGAUCAGCGCCUCCUUCAUGCAGAACUGGCUCCAGGGGUUUGGACCCAACCUUCUGGGCAGCGCCCGGCACCUGACCUCCACUGACACCUCCCUGCCCUCCAUACAGCAGUUUACUUCACAGCCUGUUCAGGCCUUGAUACAGCACAUGUUUCCACUACAGAACAUGCCUCACUCCUUAAACACUGUUAACGGUCAUGAAACAUUCAAUAGUUCAUUAACUAGUUCUCAGUUGAUGCCAGUCACUGUCAGUUCAGGAUCUUGCCCAUCUGUUGCUCAGCCAACUUUUAACCAGUCACCAAUCGCCAGUCUUCAGUCCAUGUUGAACCAAAACACUCAAAUUUUACCUGCUGUGUCUUUGCAUCCAUCUAUACCUGUUAAACAUUUUUCAUCAAGUAUACCAGUAAUUACAAAUGCAACAGCACUUGGUUUAGCAACCACUAAACCUCCAGCCACCUUGACACCCAUAUCCCAUGUGGCCGUUCAGCCAGCCCUGUCCACAAAGGUGAAUGGUGCACUCCCCCCAGGGUCAGAUCAGGGCUCAAGUCACCAGGUGACCAGACUCCUGUUGAAGCCCGCUGCGCCCGGAGAGCCAGUGCAGCUUAUAGCCCUGGAUGGAGGAAUUGAGCCGAACAAACUGAGGGAGAUCAUUGAGAGGAACAGUGUUUGUCCUAUAGUUGCCCAGUGCAGUGGUGCCAGCAUCACAACCACCACACAUACCUACAGUGCCAUGGAGAGCCUUCUACAGGCCUCCCACAUGUACACCAGCACUCUCAAGCAGCAGCAGUCAGCGACUGGGCCCAACACCUAUAUUCAUCAGCAGCAACAGCAGCAAAUGCAACAUGUUCAUUAUCAGCAAAUGAUUCAGCAACAACAGCAUCAAGCUCAACAACAGCUGCAAAUGGAUCAGCAUCAACAUCAGGAACAUGUAAACGAAACCCAUCAAGAAGAUAGUUCGCUCAAUUUACAGGAACAAAAUGAAUCCCAGAUGUUCUAUCAACCAAAGACCAACAUGGACGGCAUGCAGAGUGGUAGUCCGGUGUCUGAGGGAUUAUACCUCCAUCACCAUCAUCAUCAUCAACAACAACAAAAGCAUCAUCAGCAGUCUUGUGAAAACAGUCAGGAGUUACAAGUCUUGAAAGAGCAACAGCAUGAGCAUGAAUGCCAGCCAGUUGGUGGCAAUAACAUUAAUAUUCAUCAGCAUCUUCACCAAGAACAGCAGCAACAACAAUCAAUCUUUCCAAAUUGUCAGCAGGAAGCAGAUGCAAGUACUUCAAACAGUAUUUCUGUGUGGUGUCAGCAACAGCAACAGCAUGGCAGAGAUACAAGUGGCGUCUCUGGGACCCAAUCCAAGGGGUUUAAACAGUCAGGGCCUGUCACCAUGGCUUCAACAGGGUCAUCCAAUCAUCUUGUCACUUCCCUUCACAGUUCUCAACCAUUAAUGUCUGUAUCAAAUCAUACGGAUGAUAAUAACACGGAGCAGGCAAGCGUAGAUCCUUCAAACACAGAGCAGCGGAACACAGAGCAGGCAGAAGUGACAGGGCACUCCCCGAGCUAUCCGCAGUCUACUGAUGUCGAGCCGCUACCACUUCCCACCUUUUUUGAUAACCAGAACUGUGUCUUUUGUGUAGACUGUAACAAGGUGUUUGCGUCUGGUUGCCGUGUGCACAGGACGGACUAUGUGUACCAGUCUGACACUCCGGUUCUCAGCAGAGCAAGGGCAUCACUGCCUCAAUGCUUCAUGCUGCAGAAAACAGGAACCACACAGGUUGUAGAUUUACUGGGUGUUUGGUGCAAGGGGUGCUUGUCAGAGAGGACAAUAUUUGGACCAAUGGUUGGAGAGAAAGUGGAACUGACCAAUAAGAACUUUGCUGACCAAGAGCUCGGCUUCCAUCCAUUUCUGAUACGUCAGAGCGAGUCCAGCAAACUUGUCCUGCAUCUAGUGGAUGAGGCUGUGUGUAACUGGACCAUGUUCAUACAGUUUGCCCCUACCCUGCUGGAGCAAAACUGCACGGUGUACCGGGACAACGGGAACUUCUUCAUCGUUACCAAGACGGAGAUCAAAGACGAGGAGCUCCUGCUCUGGUUCUCUGCCGAGUUGUGUCUUGAGCUGGGUAUAACACAGAACCCAGGCAACCAUCCGUUCUAUCAGUGCCCUGAAUGCAGCCUCAACUUCCUGGUGAAACGCUUCCUCAAUGCCCAUCAAAAGACAAAACAUCCAGAGAAAUACAGUUACACAACUGACUGUUACAUGUGUAAGAAGAAGUUCAAGAACCGUAAGAACCUCAGCAAGCACCUGGCAACCCACAUGUAUGAGAAGCCUCACUGCUGUCAGUACUGCAGCAAACAGUUUGCUGAUGCCAGCAACCUACGACAGCAUCUUCAUAUACACACAGGUGAGAAGAAGUUUGCAUGUGACUCGUGCGGUAAGCGGUUUCGUCAGAAGGCGCAUCUUGACAGCCAUCAAAUUGUCCAUACGGACGAACGCCAGUACCAGUGUCCGUACUGUGACGCCGCGUUUGGCCGCCAGUCAGACCUCAAAGUGCACACGUACCGACACACGAAGGAGGUGCUCUAUCGGUGCAACAGAUGCGAUAAGGAGUUCUUCAAGUUGCAGAACUAUCAGAAGCACAUGAAGGUGCACACUGGGGAGCGUAACUACAUGUGUAACAAAUGUUUCAAGGGGUUUCAGACCAAGUACCACCGUGACCGGCACAUGAGGGUGUGCCGGGUGAAGAAUGACAAGGAGGAUAGGUACAUGAGCCUUGCUGAGGUUGUCAAACUGGGCAGCACGGGGGACGCGGUGCCCCUCAAGACUGUCAGUGUUGAACAUGGCAUGUUGGAAUAGGGAGUAGUGGAAUAUGGAAUGUCGAAAUAAGGAGUAGUGCAAUAUGGCAUUUUGGAGUAGGGAGUAUUAGAAUAUGGCAUGUUGGAAUCGUUGUGGAAUAUGGAUUGUCGGAAAAAGUAGUAGUGGAAUAUGGCAUGUUGGAAUACAAAUUAGAGGAAUAUUGCAUGUUGGAAUAUGGAGUAGUGGAAUAUGGCAAUUCGGAAUAGGGAGUUGUGGAAUAUGGCAUGUUGUAAUGGGGGGGGAGAGUGGAAUAUGACAUUUUGAAAUAGGGAGUAUUGGAAUAUGGCAUGUUGGAAAAGGGAGUCGUGGAAUAUGGCAUGUCAGAAUAAGGAGUAGUUGAAUAUGGCAUGUUUGAAUAGGGAGAAGUGGAAUAUGGCAUGUUGGACUACCAAGCAGUGGAAUAUGGCAUGUUGAAAAAGGGAGUAGUGGAAUAUGGCAUGUUGGACUACCAAGCAGUGGAAUAUGGCAUGUUGAAAUAGGGAGUAGUGGAAUAUGGCAUGUUGAAAUAGGGAGUAGUGGAAUAUGGCAUGUUGAAAUAGGGGGAAGUGGAAUAUGGCAUGUUGGAAUAGGGACUAGUGGAAUAUGUCAUCAUGGAAUAUUGCAUGCUCGAAAAGUAAAUAGUCAAUCAUUUGGUAUGAUUGGACUUUGAAUAGGAAAAGCUGGUUCUUUUCUAUGGAUACAUUUUCAGCUGCUGGCUUCUGACUUCAGGCUUAUCUAAGACUGACACCUAUUGGUACAAGUUCAAUACCUUUAUGGGUUGAAUCUCUCAUAACCAACUAUGCAUUGGCAUGCUUUAUAAAAGACCCAAGCUUUUAAUGGUCUUUCAGUCCAUACAUGUACCAGUGUUGGAUAGUCAAUAGCCCAAAACAUUUCAAGUGUAUACUACGUUUUGUUGUAUUGGCGACAAUUUGGCGUGCAUUCAGGCAUUUUUAGUAUUUGGCUUGUCAAAACAUGGAUGAAAUUUAAAUUACUGUAAGAAGACCCUCAAGUUGUCAACUUUCAACACUUUGUGCAUCCAUAUUGUCAGGUUAUGAACGUAGUAAAAAUGCAGAAGUAAUAUUUAUCUAGAGUCUAGAAUAAUUUGAUAUUUAUUAAUGUUUUAUGAAAUUAUUUUGUUAAGUCUGUUAACUUAAUGUGUUGUUAUUAAUUUUUGUUUAAAUAAAUUAUUUAAACUUCA